AUGCCAGUCUAUGAAGAGAAAUUCAUCUCACCGCUGGCUGUGCGUUUCUCCCAAGAACAGCUCCGAACGCGCUUUUGCAACGGCCAAGCCUUGGAUGAGGUGACAGGCUUGGUGCAGGAAGUUGCGGGAGUCGGGCCUUAUGAUGUGAUUCUGAAGGCGCCUUUUCCAAACAUUGAAGUGAUCCGAUGGGCCCCUGGACAGAAGAGAACCGGAACGGUAGGUAUGGCAGGUAUGGCCAUACCGGCCAUACCUGACGAGAGGUCUCACUGGUUUACAACGGAUAAUAGGAGGCUCUACGUGCUGCAGAAAGUCGCGGCGAGGCUGUGGCCCAAGAAGGCAGGCGUCCAAGUGGAUGUCUUAUUUGCGGCGCCUCCUCGUGAGCUCUUCAAGAAGUACGACUCCUCCACGGCCGGUCUGCUGGCAUCCCUGGGUGGGAAUAGUGCCAUCUGGGAUUGGAUGAAAGCCGUCAGUCCACCUGAUGGUUAUGUGAACAUGGCGAUGGAGGAGGCUGCCCACAAGCAGGUUCUGUUUGAUGAUGCUUCAGGCUCACUCGAAGAACUAGUGAGCGUCCCCCAGGACACUCCUAAGGCGAGGCCUGUCAAAGAGCAGAAAGCUGAGGGAGACAGAGAUGCCGACGAUGCCACUGAUGCCGCUGCGACAUCAAGCACGUCCAGUGGCCAGCAGAGUCAGCAGAGUCAGAGUCAGCCCAGCCCUACCCCAGUCUUGAGCCCAAGCACAAAGAGCGAGAAGGAUUCGGCUCACGAUGAGAAUUCACGAGUCACUUCGGAAGAGUCUGAGGAAUCGGAAGAGGAGGGGUGGUCGGAAGAAUGGCUGAGUCUGGCAGAGCAUUGGCGUGGAGUCUCUCGCUUGCUCGAGGGCAGUUGGAGGGGACCCAAGGGGGAGACCUACACAAUGGAAUUCUGCGAGCCUUCGGACAACGUGGUGUGUGGUCAUUGUGUCCGCUGCCAGAGCUCGAAGGAGAAGACCUUCUCCGUCCGCUACGAGUAUGACAGCUGCCUGCUCUUUUGGGGCACUGGCCGCAAAUUCUGCUUGGAUCCGGAGGAACUCCGAAUAGUGCCAACGAAUGCCAGAUGGUAUGUUGCAGGGAAAGAGGAGCCCGAAUUCGAAUGGGUUCUUAUCGGUGGAGAACAGCCUCGCGACAGAAGCGACGGAAAGCGGGGCAAAGACAAGAACCUCGACAAGGACCCGAGGCGUGACCUAAGGGACCCAAAGCGCGGGGCCCAGGCCCAGCGAAGGCGCCGCAGGCGCUGA